ACAUAUUCCACCUCCGCCCUGACGUACAUCACACCUUCUCCAGGCGCCCCCCCUGUGGCAGUAACGACGGAAAGCCAGCUUGUUACUUCUUACCUCCCACAAUUCACGCUGUGCGAGCUCACCACCGUCGCCGGGUAUUCCCUGGCCUCUGGUGCAUUUUCGGGAUCGUCGAACUCUCGAUUCCAAAAUUCUUCGGGGUCGAUUCCUACUGCAACGGGGACCUGUACGACGAUAUUUAGCCCGACGGAGACCAUGGUGUGCGCAACCACGUUGACAGCCCUUGCUACGCGGUAUACGGUUACAGCUUGUGACGAAGAGCUCACUUUCUCGACGAAGCUUGGAUAUGCGUUGGUCACCGCGAGCCCCACGGCGUCGUCGGCGGCCAAGAACGCCACUACUCCCGCAACGAUCACGCCCGCUCCAUCGAUCCAGACAGUCACUACUUACUACCUGGCUCCGUGGCAACAGCUUACUGCGGGCACAGCUCCCUCUGAAGUUGACCUCAAGGUAUGCAGGAGCUUCGACAACGACACGACAGAGUGCAUUCUCGAGCAACAAGUCUGGGAGACGAGCCUGGUCACGAGUAUAGCGACUUCCACCACCACGAUUAACAUCUCCACCACCAUCCAUGGAAACUCGCAGCUAAUUGUUGAGACGUUCGUCGCCAAUGUCACCGAGGUUUUGACGACCUUCAGCCUGUCUACAACCAUGGAGCUGGAAUACCAGACCGUGUACACCACGACCAACUCGGCGAAUCAGACGACGGUGUCCACGGUGCCCGCUUCUCUCUCGACCGGUCCGACGAUUUUCGAAACGCGCACGCUUCAGGAAGCUUCGGGAAAUGCGACAGCUUCACCAUCCAAUCCACCCAGCGCGGACGGCACUAGUACUACCACUAUCCACAUUACGCAGACUUUCACGGGAGGGACGAUGACCGUGACUGUGCAA